AUGUCGCGGUCUAGCGGUGCUUCUGUUGAGACGUAUACCAGCCUUUUCCAGGAGCUCUUAAAACAAGCGCAAGAGCUCAAGCCCGUCGAAGCUAUUGACCCAGCCCUCAAAGCUGAAGACUUUGGCGACAAUGUUGGAAAAGUGGGCGCGUUAACUAAGAAUACUGGUACAAAAGGCUAUGCUGCUAUUGAGACUGCUGCUAGGAACUUGUUUUACGGCCUAUUGGUAGGAAGUUUCUUUUCUUCCGCGGUCUUCGUGAGCAAGAAACAUUUCAAACAAAAGAGUCUGAUUAUAUUGCGCGCAUGUAACGAACUUCUGCGACGACUUUCAAGGGCAGAAGACACCGUGUUCUGCGGUCGAGUGUUCAUCUUCCUCUUUCAAAGCUUUCCAUUAGGCGACAGAAGUUCAGUCAAUCUCAGGGGUGAAUACCAUGUCGAAAACGUGACUACGUACGAGAAGGUCGAGUUUCGGGGAGAGGCAGUCGAAGGGGAGGAGAUGGCGAUAGAUACAGGACAUCCUGCGCAAGAGGCAUUGGAGCUCAGAGAGGAGGCUAGUUCGAGACCUGUCGCCUCUGCGGUCAAUGAAGUCGAUAUCCAAAAUCCUUCGGGGACACAGACGGUCAAACUCGACUCAAAGAACAGCAGCUCAUCGAACGAGCUGCCGGACAUGGAUGCAUUGUACUCAAUAUUUUGGUCGCUGCAGGACUAUUUUUCACAGCCAGCGAGAUUAUUUGAACCCGACAACCUUAAAGCAUUCAAAAGUGGCUUACAAGCGACAAUUGUCAAAUUCAAGCAAGUGCAACAGGAUCAGCUAGCUCGUGGAACGAGUAAGCUCCCUAUCGAACGUCAGCGAAGUAGCAAACGUAAGCGUAGUGGGCAGGAGGAGGAGUUAGCGAGCGCUUUCAACCCUAAAUACUUGACAAGUCGGGAUCUAUUCGACCUGGAGAUUAGCGAUCUUUCUUUUCGACGGCACGUCCUUGUACAGGCCCUGAUUUUGAUCGAUUUUCUCCUGUCCCUCACGCCAAAAGCCAAAAAGAAGCUGGAGCAUACGACUAAUAAGUCGGUGCUGUAUUCCCUUACUCUCAGUGAUGAAGAUGCAGAAUGGGCUUUGGGUACGCGAAAUGACAUAGCGGCCUACUUGCAACAGGGACCGGAGGGCAAAUUCUAUUAUCGCAUGGUUGACACGGUUCUUUCACGAGAUAAGAACUGGGUACAUUGGAAGGCAGAAAACUGUCCACCAAUUGCACGAGAUCCAGUGUCAGCUGAGAAUUUCGCGGAAGCAGAGAAAAUGGCACAGAAGACUUGCGCGCCCAAGAGAUUACGGCCGGCUGCAAUGGGAGCACUUGAUCUUGCGUUCCUAACAGAAAACAAGGGCACUGACGGCAUGGAGAAGCUGAAGGAUCCAACGCGAUACAGCAUUCCUCCAAUCGAUGGUUUCAAAGCUUCCAUUGCAGAAGAUGAUUUUGACGUCGAGAUGGCGAAGUCUAGCGGAGAGCAAACAGAAGCAAAAGAAAGAAGAGCGAGUAAGCUCUGGCGUACUCUACGGAUCGCAUCGAAAAGUAGGCUCAAUGUAUUUGAAAAGAUCGAAGAUGGCAAAAACCUCAAGCCUUUGUUCGAGCCUGAAAAUGAGAUGCAAGAACAGGUGGAAGGCAAUGGGUCUGAAGCGAACGGCGAAACUCUUGCAAAGCUUGACGCACCUGAAGAGCAACCUAAACAAUCUGAUCAAAACACUACCGAGAUGGAACAAGAGAACGCUAUCAAAUGA